AUGCCAAUCCUUUCGUCCUUCGUUUCUCCCUCCACCUGUGUCCCCUCCCUCGUGCAUUUUUUCCCCCAGAUCGUUCGUCUGCUGGCCGUGCAUCCGUCGCUGCAAGUCACUGUCAUGACGGCAGAUCGCAAGGCCGGGCUGCCGCUCUCGUCCGUCUUCCCUCACCUCAUCUCCCAGGUCGAUCUCCCCAACAUGGUCGCCGUGGCAGAUGCGGAUUUUUCCCAGGUGGACGCGGUCUUCUGCUGCCUGCCGCACGGCACCACUCAGGAAAUUAUUGCAGCGCUGCCCGAGCACCUGAAGAUUGUGGAUCUGUCUGCUGAUUUCCGGUUGAGGGACGUGAACGAGUAUGCACAGUGGUAUGGCGGCGAGCACAGGGCGCCCAAGCUGCAGGAAGAGGCGGUGUAUGGGUUGACUGAGAUCUACAGAGACGCAGUGAAGGCUGCCCGCCUGGUGGCCAAUCCCGGAUGCUAUCCCACGUCCGUGCAGCUCCCUCUCAUCCCCCUUCUUCAGUCCAAGCUCAUCCUGCCAGACGGAAUUAUCAUCGAUGCCAAGUCGGGAGUGAGUGGAGCAGGGCGCGGGGCCAAGGAGGCGAAUCUCUACACGGAGGUGGCCGAGGGCAUCCACCCGUAUGGCGUCACCAACCACAGGCACGUGCCCGAGAUUGAGCAGGGCUUGAAGGAGUUUGCAGGGGGAGCGGAUGUGACUGUCAGCUUCACUCCCCACCUCAUGCCCAUGUCACGCGGCAUGCUGUCAACCAUCUACGUUCAGAUGGCACCUGGUGCAACAGUGGACGACCUGAGAGAACACCUGAUCAGCAGAUACCAGGAUGAGGAGUUUGUGGUGGUGCUGCCCAAGGGGAUUGUGCCGCACACACGCCACGUGAGGGGCUCCAACUACUGCCUCGUCAAUGUCUUCCCAGACCGCAUUCCGGGCCGCGCAAUCAUCACUUCUGUGGAGAGUCCCGCGCCGCACAUUGGCUUUAAAGCAGCUCCCCGCGUGCUCCUCCCCAAGCCUCGCGACACCGUCGCCAUCAACCGCCUCGCGAUCCUCCUCAUGUGGUUACCCGUUUUCGCGAUCCUGCUCGUGAUUCUCGGCGGAGCAUCCGAGCGUCUCCCCGUGUGGGACACGGGUCUGCUUGAUGACGUGGACGAGCAGCUGACGCGGCGAGCGCUCGCGCAGCUGCAGAAGGAUGAUGAGAUGGCAGCCGUCGGGAGGACGCAUGUCGUGGCUCCCAAGAUCGCGUUCCUGUUCAUCGUGCGAGGCCCGCUGCCACUCGCGCCCGUCUGGGAGCGAUUUUUCAAAGGCCACCAGGGGCGCUACUCCGUGCACGUGCACGUCUCCACGCCCAACUUCACUCUGGAUGACGUGGUGGACUCGCCCAGCUUCAAAGGCACCCAGGUGCCGGGAGUGCGGAUCUCAUGGGGCGGCCCAAAUCUCAUCCGAGCAGAGAAACGGCUUCUGGCUGCUGCCCUCGAGGAUCCGGGCAACCAGCGAUUCGUGCUCGUGUCCGACAAGUGUCUCCCCAUCUUCAACUUCACCUACGUGUGGGACUACCUUUUCGCCACCAACGUCAGCUUCAUUACCAGCUAUGAGAGCGGGUGGAGAUGGGUGUUUACAAUGGCGCCAACGAUCAAACGCCACCAGUUUAGAAAGGGGUCGCAGUGGUUUGCCCUAACGCGUGCCCAUGCAGCCCUCAUUGUGAGGGACCGGAAGUACUAUGACCUUUUCGUAGAGACCUUUUCUGAGAUCCCUGAUGAAAGCUACAUUCAAACAGUUCUUGCGAUUGAAGACCCUGAGAAUGUGGACACGCGGAGUGUGCUCUAUGUGCACUGGGGCGGGGCGAUCUCACGACAUCCUGCUUCAUACACCCCGGAAGAAAUCAAUCCCGGUUUUAUCCGCAAAGUACAGAACAGCCCUAGAAGCUCCACGCUCUGCCUACCUCGAGUUCUAGAGCCGCUCCUAACCAUUCUCAAGCACUGCUUGAGCGAUAACCUUCGCAGUUUUAAUUUUGAAGGCGGUAUUCCGGUUGCGAUCUUGGACGUGAUGGCGGAGGUCGAGGGAAAGCGCGUCAUCACUGUGGAUGACAUCAAGACGGUGCCGAUGGAUUUCCGGUUUCCUACAGCGAACCAGGCGAAGCACUGCUUCACGUGCUACAACGAGUUCCACAAGUGCAUUGCCGAGAAGGGCGAGGGCGCCUCGGAGUGUCAGAAGUUUGCCAAGGCCUACCGGACAUUGUGCCCUGCUGAAUGGGUUGACAAGUGGAACGAGGACAGGGAACAGGGUAUCUUCGUGGGCCGCUACUAA